AUCCAUCAACACCCCAACCUACCUACUAGCUUCUCCCCUCUGGCCCCACGCCUGCCACCUGCACCCCGAUCGCCGGCGCUCCCGCUCGUACGCCGUUCUGCCGAGAUUACCAGCCACCAUGUCUUCCGACGACGACUUCAUGCAAGAGUCCGACCAAGAGGACUAUGACUUCGAGUACGAAGACGACGAUGACGAGCAGACCGGCGACGUCGACAUCGAGAACAAGUACUAUGGCGCCAAACAGAUGAAGGCGGACAACCCGGAGGACGCGAUAGACGAAUUUCUGGGAGUCCCUGCUUUGGAGGAGGAAAAGGGCGAUUGGGGAUUCAAGGGUCUCAAGCAAGCAAUCAAGCUGGAGUUCAAGCUGGAACGCUAUGCUCAGGCGGUAGAACAUUACCAAGAACUACUGACUUACGUCAAGUCGGCCGUGACCCGCAACUACUCUGAGAAGUCCAUUAACAACAUGCUCGACUUCAUUGAGAAGGCUGCCGAGGACGACCAGGCAUAUCGUUGCAUGGAGAAGUUCUAUGCUCUCACACUCGACUCCUUCCAGAGCACCAACAACGAGAGGCUUUGGCUCAAGACUAACAUUAAGCUGGCAAAGCUGUGGCUAGAGCGCAAGGACUAUCGCCAACUGACCGACAAGUUGCGGGAGCUUCACAAAGCGUGUCAAAAGGAAGAUGGCACAGAUGACCCCAGCAAGGGCACUUAUUCCUUAGAAGUCUACUCGUUAGAGAUCCUCAUGUACGCCGAGACAAGGAACAACAAGCGACUGAAGGCACUGUACCAGCGGGCGCUAAAGGUCCGCUCAGCCGUACCGCAUCCCAAGAUUAUGGGAAUCAUUAGAGAAUGCGGAGGAAAGAUGCACAUGAGCGAAGAAAAUUGGAAGGAGGCUCAGAGUGAUUUCUUCGAGAGCUUCCGCAACUACGACGAGGCGGGUUCGCUCCAGCGCAUACAGGUGCUCAAGUACCUGGUCCUUACCACGAUGCUCAUGCGGUCCGACAUCAACCCAUUCGAUUCUCAGGAGACCAAGCCCUACAAGAAUGAUCCCCGCAUUGCGGCCAUGACGGACCUGGUCGACGCAUACCAAAGGGACGACAUCCAUGGCUACGAAAAGAUCCUGCAGAACAACAAGGACCUGCUCGCGGACCCCUUUAUUGCGGAGAACAUUGACGAGGUCACGCGCAACAUGCGGACUAAGGCGGUGCUGAAGCUGGUCGCGCCGUACACGCGGUUCACGCUGAGUUUCAUCUCGAAGCAGCUCAAGAUCUCGCUUCCAGAGGUGCAAGACAUAGUGGGCUUCCUUAUCGUGGAUAAGAAGCUGCGCGGGAAGAUCAACCAACAGAACGGGACGGUCGAGAUCGAGAGUAGCACAGACAGGGAUCGGGUGCAUGCAAUGCAGGAGUGGACGGCGGCGAUAGGAGCGCUGUGGACGACGGUGCUGAGCGAAGGCGAGGGCUUCCGGUCGGAAGAAGGAUCGCAAUUCCAGGCCGGCACGGGAGCACAAGGCGCAUCGGAUCUGGGAGGGCGCCAUGGGCCCAGCGCGAAGCUCAGGAGCGUCACGAAGGGCAAGGGUUUCUCGGGAAGACUGCCGGGAGCUGGGUUAAGGUAAUGACUUGCAGCGGUCGCCUGCAAGCCCUUGUACGAUGGGGCGAAUGGACUGAAACCUUGGGCGACGGGGCGGGUGCAUUCCCCAGGGCCAGGUCGCGUCAUGGGCAAGCCGCUGGCACUCGAAGGGCUGAAACCUGCGGGCAGGCCGGGCGGAGGGUCAGUAGAUUCCAAGCGUUCCUUUUUCCAAACCCCCCCAUGGUGUGAGGCGGCGCUUGCUGCAAGAUCGGGCGGAGUUGCUCGGCGGGACUCGAGGGCGCACCGGAGUAACCUGCAGUCGUGCUCGUUUGGCCCGAGGCGGCGGACAAGGUCGACGCCAGGUGGAGACUGGACAGAUCCUUG